AUGACCCAAGUUGAGCAGGAGAGUGCCAUAUCAGGGACAGCUCCAACACUAGUUGUGCGGUUUCUGCAUGUAGGCGUUCAGCUGAUUGGUCAACUCUAUGAAAUACACACCCUUUAUAAUGAUGAACCUGUGAAGGAGUGGGAUGCAUGCGACCUACACACUCAGUUGACCAUUCUGAGUGACAGCAUAGGGGUCGGCUAUCCAAGAGAGAUUGGACCGUUAUCGGAACAAGAUCAGGCAUUAGAUGACCUCCGCGCUAGUAGUCACCUCACUCUCGAGAUUAUCUUAUCUCGACUGAAGUUGAUAUUGGACUUCGGGCCUGAUCCACCACUCCAUGCUGGGGAACUGAAGAAAUUUUGGCCCCGAGAAGAUGUUAAAGGAUUGGAAGAACGGAUAAUAUCUCUCAGGUUGGAACUGGGGGUGGCAAUCUCGUCAGUGGAAAGUUCCGUCACCAUCCGUGAGGCUCUCCUCUCCUUGGACAUUACCCGAAGCGAGGAAACACCCAAAGACCUCCCCUUGCUGGACCAAAGACGAGAGGAGAGCGAAAGGUCUUCGAAACCUAGGAUUGUGACCCUCUUUGGUAAAGAUGCUACCGGGGUACAGAAUGCAGUGGCAUAUAAGGAGGUCGACAAAGUAUAUACGGAAAACACUCUGUUCACCGAUCACGAGACGACCAUCCAAGACUUCUUGCUAGAAGCUAUAAAGUUCUCAUCAAUGACGGAUCGAGAAGAAAGUGUCACCGUGGCACAUAAUAAAACCUUUGAUUGGAUAUUCUCCUCUGACGAACCGACCUCCCUCUUUCAGGGGUGGCAGUCAAAGAACUCUCUCAGCGACUGGCUACAAAAUGGGCAGCACAAGGAGGAGCAGAGAUCUCAGACGGGCUUGAUGCGCCAUCUUCUAUCCCAGCUCCUGGACCAGCAAAAACAUCUUAUCCCGAUGGUCUUUCCUGAGAGGUGGAAACACAUUCUUUCUCUGAGUACGCGGGAACGCGUCAAGGCUUCAAUCUCAUGGGAACUCCCUGAGUUGACAACUGCUCUGAAAUCAUUUCUCGAUCAUGCAGGCCGGAAGAGCAAUGUUUGUUUAUUUAUUGACGGACUAGAUGAAUUUGCCGGUGACCAUCAACAAAUAGUGGAAUUCUUCAAGGAUUGUGUUAAUUCAUACACUCACGUCAAAGUCUGUCUAUCCAGUCGACCAUUUCCCAUUUUUAGCGCCGCUUUUGGGAAGAAUCCCAGGCUUGAACUCCACGAACUGACCCGAAGAGAUAUGCUUCACUUCGCCCAGGAUCACUUAUACAGUGAUCCCUCGAUAAGCCAACUUAUCAUCCAAGAUAAACAGGCAGCAUCACAGCUCAUUGAUAGUAUUGUUGAAGGGGCAAACGGCGUCUUUCUUUGGGUGAUGCUUGUGGUUGAGUCUCUACUGCGCCGUGGAAACUAUCAAAGUGUCUCGCAAAUACAUGAAUACCUGGGCCAACAUCCCACCGAUUUGGAUGACCUUUUCACGCAUUUUAUUUUCGACUUCGCAUCUAGGGAUCAGAUGUUGGUCACGUCGCGCCUGUUUCAACUUCUUCAGGCUAGACAAGAGGCAUUUUAUGCCACCCAGAAGCAGGAUGCAACAUCAACAAGCCUCUGGGACUUUGCUCUCGCAGACCAAUUUGAGGAGAUCAUGAUGUACGUUCCAAAACAUGUGCAACAGGCCACAGAGCAGGACGUCAUCCGUAUAUGCGAAGUGACCAAAGCCCGGCUGUCAAAGGAAUGUGCAGGGUUGAUAGUGGCGCACACCUCUGGCUUGUCAACAAGCAUGAUUCGGCAUAAUACACCAUCGCCGGCACAGCAGCUAGGGUGUAGCAAGGUUUCUUACGUCCAUCGAACCGUGAAGGACUUUUUCUCACUACCUCAUGUUCGGUCCCGACUCUUGGAGCCCAUGCUAGGAUCAAGCUUUGAGCCCCAUAUAUCGCUUCUCACGUCAAUUAUUCUCCAAUUUAUACGGCCACUAGAUGAGUUUUAUCCCAACCGACAGAUAAAUGACCGAUGGCCCAACAUACUCCUGGCAUUCACUCAUGCACGACUAUCUGCGAAUCAUUGGCAGUCACAGGUGGUGCUUAUUCCCGAGUUGGACCGAGUCCUGUGUCAACAUUGGGCGUCCCGGGAGUCAAUCGAAUAUGAUCAUUGGGCACGAAGCCUUUUUUCAUCGUACGAGAGACGAAAGAACCUCAAAUUUUACGAUCCAUUUCUCUCGCUCUCUGCUAAGUUCGGCCUAGCAACGCUAGUACGUGAACGCACCCGGAAGGAUGAUAGUACGUUGUAUGGCAAUGGCAAUGGGAUACCCCUUCUCGGCCAUUGCAUUGAAAUGCUCGCUAGUCAGCGGCAAACUAUCUACCCUUUAUCCAACCCAGAAAUAAUCGGUGACAUUCUCAGAAGCGGUGCCGAUCCAAAUCAGCCCUACCAAGACCUAAACGGAAAGAAUCAGACGCCCUGGCUGGUUAUUCUGGAUUAUCUACGAGAAGCAGAUCGUCGCCAGUGGAUUUUGUACUAUGAUACCAGUGAAAAUGGCAUUUCUCGUCUGUCAGUGAUUGUAUCCCUAUUUCUUGAGCACGGCGCCGACCCCAAUGGGCUACUUGUUGAGACCAAGUUUGAUCGCUCGGCUUCUGCUUUAGAGGUCAUCACUGCCAUUUACCGGAAAUACGCCGCUCCACAAUUUAGCCAACUUCGCAAGGUAUUGAAAGACAAGGGGGCACAUGAACGAGAAGGGCAUGACAUUAUGUAUCAAGUAUAUGUCAAGGAAUGCGACAAUUUCCUUUCACACGAUGAACCCACAUCUCGGUCAGGAGCCCUGGCGAAAUGUUAUGCCUUUAGAGUGAAUGGUUGCAGUGCGAUAUUGGGAUACAUUCUUCAGGAAAUUGUUGAACAGAUCCAAUGGUCGGACUCAUGGUCAAUUGAUCAUCAGCAACAAAGUGUGACGUUGGCUACUCCAGCUACGGCCACAGCCGAUAUGCGCUCUCGGGUGCUUGAGGAUAGCCUCGAAUCCACUAGAAGGUUGGCUAUAAUAUCAAUGCUAGAAAGCUGGCGCGAUGAAAAAUUUCCGGUCUAUGGCCCAGAAGGAGAGGUUCUUCUCGAAAUAGAGCGAUGUGCAAGUGCCUUGUUUGGAAUUGUGACUUAUGGUGUCCAACUUCUGUGUUACGUAAAGGAUGAACGAGGCCUUCGAUUAUGGAUUGGCAAGAGAUCAGAAAGAAAACAAACUUACCCAGGCAUGCUUGAUAGCACAGCAGCCGGCGGUCUUGGUGCCGGGAAGCUACCUAUUGAGGCUCUUAUAUGCGAAGCACAAGAAGAGGCAUCCCUAUCAGAAGAAAUCGUGAAGAUGAAAGUCAAGCCAAUGAGCCACCUCAGUUAUUUCCACGUCCGUGGGAAUCAAGCUGGAGGAGAGAGCGGCCUAUUUCAACCUGAGAUCGAGUAUACAUAUGAACUCGAGUUGGAUCCAAGCAUAAUCCCAAAGCCAAGGGACUCCGAAGUGGAGUGUUUCAGAUUAUACACUAUCGAGGAAGUACUCUAUGCUUUGAAAUGGGGACAGUUCAAGCCAAACAGUGCUAUUGUUAUUGUUGAAUUCCUAAUUCGACAUGGGAUCCUAAAUGUUGAAAACGAGCCUAGCUAUUCUGAAAUUGUGUCGCACUUACAUCGCAAGCUUGAGUUCCCUGUUCUGAUCCAGCCGCCUUAUUGA